GGUGAGAGACCUUUCUCAUGUGAAACAUGUGGAAAAUGUUUCAAUCAAAAAGGUAGUUUGAGUAGCCACAUGAUAAUUCACAAAGCAGAGAAGCCUUUCUUGUGUAUAACCUGUGGGAAAGGUUUCAAUCAAAGGAGUCAUUUGACAAGCCACAUGAGAACUCAUACAGGUGAGAAACCUUUCUCAUGUGAAACCUGUGGAAAAGGUUUCAAUCAAAGGAGUCAUUUGACAAGCCACAUGAGAACUCAUACAGGUGAGAAACCUUUCUCAUGUGAAACCUGUGGAAAAGGUUUUAUUGAAAAAACUAAUCUGCUUAAGCACAUGAGAACUCACACAGGUGAGAAACCUUUCUCAUGUGAAGCUUGU